AUGCUGGUAGUACCAUUUCCUCUUUCUCCUCCACAGGCCCUCACGUUACAAUCCGUCCUUGCUCCCAUCCUUGAAGCACACCGCAUACAAUAUCUCACCGCUGCACGAAGUCUCGAGUCUCCUGCGGAUUUGGCAUAUCAUGCGGGUCGAUAUAAACGGUGCUUUUCAGACGCCCAAAUUAAUCGAUUACCAAGAAUUCGUUGUUGUACCCUUUUUAUUUUUAGUAUGCUUGGAUGUGGAAGUUGUGAGAAGGGAAGGGGAGGAAGAAAUGAGAAUGAGGAUGAGAAUGAGAAUGAUGAUAGAGAGUUAAUCGUGCAAACGACCGAGAGUCUCACGAAAGCGGGAAAUUCAAUAGGGAAUUCGGUUGCGAAACAGGAGGUACAGGGAUCAGACUUUGACGAUGAGGAUAGGAGGGGGGAUUGUGCGAGGAGGGAAGAGAGGAGGAGCGCGGGUGAUGCUGGAGGGGGCAAUCCGUAUGCGAAAAUCGUGGGGUCGUAUGUAGGUGUGAUUACGAUUGCGCCGGGGGAGUAUGAUAAUUCUCGUGAUUUUAAGGUUGAUGAGGUUGUGGAGAUGCAAGUGCAAAGGCAUAGUGCACCGUUUUCUUUCUCGCUGGAGAGUAUUCAGAAUCAUAAUGACAAUCCCGAUCACGAAGAAGUCAGAUUACAAAUCUGGGAAUCAAAUCAUUGUAAUGCAAAUACACACAAAAACAAAAACACGCGCUGUGAAAAUACUGAGCCUUUUAGAGAAGCGGGAGAAGUGGGAGAAGCGAGAGAAGUACUGGUAGAUACACAAGGACAGGGACAGAGACAAAUACAGGUGGGAUGGACUUUGAAUGAUUUUGAUUGGGCAGGUAAUUUGACGAUGGAAAUUGAAGAUGAUUGGGCGUGGUUGAAUGGGGGGGGUUUGGAAUUUUGGGGGGGUCAGGCUUGGGGGGUAGUGAUUGUGAUUGUGGGGGGGAGGGGAAAAGAAGUGGUGAUUUCUGGGGGAGGUUUGAGGGGAAGUAUUUAG